AUGCAUGUUUCAUCUAUUUAUUUAACAUCUGAACAAACUGAUAAAUUACGUCGUGUAUUAACACCAACAAUACCUAUUUAUCCAUCACCACCAACAUCAUCAUUUCCAACAUUACAUAUUAUACCAAAAGAUUUUUUACGUAAAUUAUUAAUUAAAUUAUAUCAACAUUCAAUUGAUAUUAAAGCUAUACGUUUACAUGGUGGUGCAGCAUCAUAUGUAUUAAUAAAUGAUUCAGAUUUUGUUUAUCGUGAUAUUGAUAUAUUAUUUCUUAUAAAUACUUCAUUAUCAUCACAACAACAAACAACAUUAUUUUCAUCAAAUAAUCAACCAUAUUUAUGUGAUGUAUGGACAAUAAUUAAAUAUAUUAUAUCAUCAUGUUUAAUUGAAUAUAUACCAAAUACAUCAAUAUGUACACAAUAUUUUAUAUCAUCUGUAUUAGAUACAUAUACAAAAAAAAAUAUUAAAAUAAAUUCCGAACAAGAUUCAUGGGCAUUAUUAUCAUUACAAAAUUUAUUAGGACAAAAUCUUGAAUUAAAAUUUGUUGAAAAUCUUAAACGACAAUGGCAAUUUAGUGUUGAUUCAUUUCAAAUUGAUAUUAAACCAUUAUUAUUUGAAAAUAUAAAUCAAUUAUUAUCAAAUUCAGAUUCAAUAACAACUAAAAUACAAACAAAAAAUUUAAUUAUUGAUGCUAUUAAUGGUGUAACAAUAAUUAAAAAUAAUCAUCAAAAUAAUAAUAAUAAUAAUAAUGAACAUAAUAUAAGUACAAGUCCAUUACAAUUUGGAUUUUUUUCACCAUCAUCAUUAUCAAAUAUAAAUGAAUAUGAAAAUCCAAUACAAUGUCAAACACUUGCAACAAUAACAACAAUUAAAACAUCAAAAAAUAAUAAUUCAUCAUUGAAAUCUCGUUCACGUUCACGAAAUCCAUCAGAAUCAACAGUUGAUGAUAAUGAUUCAAAUUCUUCAUUACAAUUUCAAUUAUCAAUUAAUGAAGAUGUUGAUGAUGGUAUUGAAGUUGAUGCUGAUGAUUCUCCAAAUGAAGAUGAUGAUCAUGUAUAUCAUACACCAAUUGAUAAAGAUCAUAUAUCAACAAUUUCAAAAAUUUCAUUAUCAUCAAAUAAUUUAAUUGAAGUUUUUUCUGCUUAUAAAGAUUUACAUCAAGCACUUUAUCAUUUAAAUAAUAAAUUAAUAGCUACUUAUGAACCUGAAACAAUGCGUGGUGGUGGUUUAUUAAAAUAUUGUGAUUUAUUAGCACGAAAUUAUAAACUUUAUGAUGUUGCUAUAAUGAUACAUAUGCAACGUUAUAUGUGUUCAAGAUUUUUUAUUGAUUAUAAAACAAUCCCAGAACAAAUAUAUGUUAUUGCACAAUAUGUUGCAACACAUUUUUUACCAUCAUCAAUAAUAAGUAAUUUACAUAUAACAAAUAAUUUAAAUGAAAUAUUACAACAUCGUUAUUAUCAACAAAAUCAAUUAAUGAAUUCAAAAUAUGAUUCAAAACAAAUUGAUCAAAUUGAUUUAAUUAAUGCACGUUUAUGUUUAUUAUUUUUUGAACAUUUAAUUACAGUUAUACAACAAAGUACUGUUUGUUUAACACAUGAAGAUAGAGAAUUAUUAUUUAUGAAUAUACAUUAUCUUAAAGAAUAUUAUCAUUAUGAAUAUGAACAUUUAUUUAUUGGUGAUAAUCAACAUCAUCAAAAAUAUCAUGGAUAUAAUCAUCUUCAUCAACAUAAUCAUCAUCAUUAUUGUACAAAUUCAUCAACUAAUUCAAGUCGAUCGUCAUCACCAUCGAGUUUAUCAUCAAAAUCAUAUGGAUUUUAUCGUACAAAUUCCCAUCGAAAUUAUUAUCCACAUCGACCAUCAACAAAUUUAUCAUAUCAUACACACAAAAAUUAUCCUGAACAACAAACAGUACAUCGACGGAAUCAAUCAUGA